AUGGAGAAGUCAGCGUACAGAGAAGUUGAUGGCUACCAUCUUAGCUGGGUCUUUGCCGAAACGAAUGUCCGUUCGGCGUUGAACUACGUGCCCCAGCCUGGAGACGUGUUUAUUGUCAGCUACCCGAAAUGCGGAAAUACGUGGCUAGAACACAUCGUCUACAACAUCUUCAACGACCGUGCUCCACCAAGCAGCUGGAUCGACCAUUUCCAGGAGAUGCCUUUUCUGGAGCUGCAAGGCGCGGAAGCCGCGAGAGACAUGCGAAGACCAGGAUGCAUCAAGACCCACAUGCCUUUCCAGUUGCAGCCGUACUCCAGAGACGCCAAGUACAUCUGCAUCUGCCGAAAUCCGUACGACUGUUGCGUGUCGUUCUUCCACCACACCAGGAACAGGCCUGUGUACCGCUUCUCCGACGGAACGUUCGACGAGUUCUUCGAAAUGUUCCUUGCGGGAAAGGUGGACUUUGGAGACUACUUCACCCAUCUGUUGUCCUGGUACGAACAUCGCGAUGACCCGAACGUGCUCUUCUUAACCUACGAAGACCUUAAGGAGGACACUGCAACAUGGGUGAUGAAGAUCGCGGACUUUCUCGGAGACGACUACGGGAAAAAGCUACGAGCUGACAAAAGGGCCUUGGAAAAUGUUCUGAAGAGGACAAGUUUCGAAGUCAUGAAGAAACACGUGAACGAGUUGAACAGAAAUAUGAUUCCUGAUAGGGUUUCGAUGCCGGACGAGAAAAUACCCGAGUGGGUCAAGAGUUCGAGCAGAUCUCUUGGUCAGUGGGAGCCCGACAAGAAUCCGGAAGCUCGAGACAUUGUGCGCAAAGGAGUCAUUGGAGACUGGACGACACAUUUCUCCGCAGAGCAAGUGAAGCGUCUGAAGGAGCACAUUGAGUUGAAGACUCGUGGCAGUGAUGUCAUGAACUUAUGGCAGAAACUUCAGCUGCCCUAAAGAAAAUUGACUGCUUUUAGUUGAUACUGAACAGUAAGCAUAAGGAACUAGAGGCAGCAGCUCAAGAUGAUUGUU